GACGAGGGCAAAUCAGUUAUUCUUAAUCAUCCUAUAUAUAGAGUAUUUUACGUAUCCCACGAUUCCCAAGAUCUCAAAAUUUUUAGUUAUAUAGCUAGAGAUGGAGCUUCCAAUGUGUUCAAAUGUGCUGUAUUUAAGUCUAGUAAAAAGAGCCAAGCUAUGCGGGUAGUUCGGACUGUAGGUCAAGCAUUCGAGGUGUGCCAUAAACUUUCUUUGAAUAAUCCUGAAAACGAUCAAGAUCAGGAUGAACAAGAUACGCUUACUCAAGACUUACUUAGCGACCGCCUUAGUGAUAUUACUAGUGAUAAGCAAAAGCGAGACAUGAUGUCGGAAGGUGCUAGCGAUAGAAUGUCCCUACCUCCAGAUGAUUACAGCUUUAAGGAUCUAGAGAAUUGUAAAAACGUUAGAACUCCUGCCCAACUUGAUAUCCUUCCUCCGCCCCCACACAAUAAUAAAAGUAGUAUGUUGAAUAUUUACUUGUAUUUCGACUUAUAUAAGAAUAUUUUUAGACCUCGCAGAGAGAUGUAUUCUUCUCCACAUAGCGACGGUAUAACUACAGGAAGUGCGGAAAGUGGAGGAAGUUUGCCUCCACCUGGCAGUGCUCUGUCUACUCAUCAUGAAAUACAGCUCAUGAGGGAACAACUGGAACAGCAAACACAACAAACACAAGCACUUUGGCGCAACUUCAGUUUAGCCAGAGAACAGUUGGCUGCAGAACAGCAUCAAUCCCACCAAGGGCAAAACGAUAGUCCAGAUAUGUACGAAUAUGCCGACAGUCCAAAAGCCAAUCCUCUGGGCUUUAAUACCUCCGGAUCAGUAGACAACAGACCAGCUACAUCGUAUCCUCCAACGUCGCCGCUUCGAACAUCAUUUAAUCCAGGAGGAAAUUUAUUCAAUUUUUCUUACCCGCCUACUAUGGAUGCAGCUGCUUUUGAAAAUCAACUCAUACAAAAGCUGCAAGCCUUGAGUAAUUUCCAGCCAACCACUCCUUUCCAAUAUCCUUAUUCACAGUCUAUGCCAUUUUUGCUGCAAAGCUUGUACUCGCCACCUUUAAUGAAUAAUACAUAUACCUUGCAGAAUCCUCCUCAUAAAAAUAUGCAAUUAUUUAUGGGCAAACCGGUUGGAGCUGGAAGACAUAGCGAACCUAGACAACUGAAUCCUACUUAUUUUAACCCAAAUCAGUCACCGCCUAGUAAAAAAGAAGAUUAUCAUACUCCUCAAUAUGGUACACUACGCCAACAAAAUUAUGGCGCACAAAACAGCCAAAGUAAUAACGACACAUAUCAACAGAAGGACCCAGACUCUCCGUUAUAUCAAAAAAUAAUUCCCAAAAAGGAACAAGAAGAAAUCAAACAGGUCCGAUUGCAACACAAUCAAAGAGAGUCUAGCCCCAAUCCAAUAUAUCAAACAAUCAUACCAAAAAAGGAUCUUAGUAACGGUAAACACAUUAAAAUACAGCAAAAUGAGUCGCUUAAAAGAGAAUCUAGUCCCAGACCUCAGGAAGGGGACAGAAAUUCUGGCCACUUCAUCAGACCUCAUUCGCAAGUCGGGACACUCACCACGACCGAUGCUGAUGGACGGCUUCGAGUUAUAGUGCCACUAACUGCAUCAGCAAAAGUAGAACGUUGGUUUGAACUCUUCGAACCAUCAUCAAUUUCACGACCAGAAAGCGGAUUUGUAUCCUGUCAGGAUCCCGAAGCUGACGAAGACGACGAUGAACGAGAAAUAAUCGAAGGCACGAAAAAUCUUUUAUCCAAACUAAGCGCCCGGAAGCAAAGAAAGCUUCUGGGAUUAAAAUUGGGAAAAGUUACGACUUUCUGA